CAACAAUCUAAACACCCCGCACAAUCACGACAGAAAAGCAACAAUGGGUUGGUUCUGGGGCUCAAAGGACAAUAACAAACAAGAGGAUCCCUUCGCACAGCUUGACCCAAGUUUACGAGCUUUUUUGAGGAAGGAAUCGCCAAUAAAAUACGACACUCAGAGUAGCGGCACCACUGCUUCGACUUCUGACGACGCGCCGCUCACAGGCCACCAAGGAGGCAAAUACGCCGACAUUGUUUUUCCAUCAUCCUCACCAAAGACAGAAACCAAAGCGGACGAUCAAUCUGCCGAGGACGAUCAGCAUAAAGUCCCACCCGAGUCACUCUUCCAAGAUGGCAGAUAUGCUCAUAUUUGGAAAGGGUAUAAGUCGCUCUCGCAGCAUGAAGAAGAACAAAAGUCAGAACAGGACAAGCUCAUGGACGUGGUGGAUGCUUUCAAACAGCGGAGAGCGCAGAUUGGAAUAGCAGCAGUGGAGAAUUGCGCUGAAGAACAAUGGGCUCUGAACGAUUGCUGGCGCAACGGGUCUUGGAAGAGUCGAGUAGACAUGUGCGGGACAGAAAAUCGUACCUUUUCAAGAUGUUAUACCACGCAAGCACGAUUCCUCAAAGCCCUUGGCUAUGUCUCAAGCUGGGACCGCCCAGCCGAAGUCGAAGAACAAAUUCAAAUGCAUGCCGACACGCUCUACCAUCGAAUGCUUGAUCAGCAACGGCAGAUGGAUGAGGCAAAAGCCGCAGGGAAACCUAUUCCCAAAUUUCCCCCGCUGAUGCCUGGAAAGGGCGCAACGGCAUCUCAGGAUAACAAUACCGCAGAAGUGGUCUCCAGUAUGCCGGACGAAAGCCACAUGAAUUGGGUCGAUCGAUUGACCGGAUAUUAUACGCCUGCUUUACGGGAGAAGAAACGGCCACCCCCUCCGUCUCCUUCUAGUUUUCAACCAACAGCGACAACUUCUCCUGCUUCCACCGCGCCCGGGUCGGGGAAUACAGAGACAUACGCAUCGACGACGGACCCCGCCGCCGUCGCUGCAGGACAUGUUCGAGAUCAAAGCUCAUUAUGGUCAAAACUGUUUCCCAAUAGCUCUUUCAGCACAACCGGUCCUCCAACAGAAGGUCCCGCACCAUCAUCCUCAGCAUCUACCUCUCCUUCGUCACCAGCACCAACAACAAAUCCAACAACGCGCACACCAAUUCCCUUUGAACUCCCUCCAGACCCGAAUGCCCCCAAAUCAUCAAUGUGGUCCUGGCCCACAUUCAACCCGUUCCAAGCCGCCGCCGCAUCAUCAAUAUCAUCUACAUCUCCUCCUGUUCCCCGCAACGCACCUGCAGAUCAACAGCAGCAACAUCAAGACCCCAAAGACCAACCCGUCCGCAACUCACUCGGAUCCAUUGAAGACGUCGACGUGCGCGAAGCAAUCUCCCGACUCGCUCCCGACGUACAAGCCCAACUGCGUCGCAAAAUUGAAAAGCUCCCCGAACUCGAGCGCGAGAUUGAAUUACGUUCAAUCGCAGCGGAAACCGUUCUGGGCGAGAAACUGGUACAAGAUGUCGCCGAUCGCGUCGAAGAGCGGGAGAAAGCUCGUGCAGAGAGACGCCGCACCGGCACCGACACGUUCGGCGAUAAAAUUAGUUGGUUCUUUGGAUGGUAGUCUGUCAUCAUAUUCUUUCAAUCCCAUCUACAUCUUCUACAUGAAUCGCAGUAGAAUUCGAACUUGCAUGUACAGCUCAGAUACGUUUUAUGCGUAGAAUAGACAAGAC